UAUCAUGAACAUAAUAUAAUAAUGAUCUAUGAAAGUUUCAAACGUUUUAACUUUUAUUUAACUGAUAGGGAAUACCUACUUGGAUUCAAAGCUCAAUCAAGGUUUUAGAUAUUGUUUUAACUCAUAAUCAUCAUAUUAUUAUUUAUUAAAAUUAUUAUUGUAACUGUUUGUGUAUUUUUUUCUACAAUUUAUAUUAUAUGUUUUCAGUUUGAAUUAUAUUAAAUUUUAUUAAAUUCUUGUUUUUAGUUAGGUAUCCUAGUUUCUAUGCUCAUAGAUAAAACAUUUUUUUUUUGCAGUGUCUAUCAUAUAACUACAUUUUUUAAUAUUUACUUACAUAUACUUCACAGAAAUAACUUUAAAUCAUGUUAAAAAUUUUAAGAAGUCAAUUUUCUCCUUUUAUUGGACAAAUGCAUCACCUAUCUGGGAUAGUAGUAAGCAAACAGUUCAUGAAGAAAACAAAACCUAUAAUACUUUAUAAAGCCAAAUUAAACCAGUGCUCAAUUAUUCAAAAUCGCAGUUUUGCUGGUACAUCUCCACCAAUUAUUACUGAUAUUAAUUAUGAAAGAUUGAAAGAAUUUAUCAACCAAAAUGAUGCAUUAAUUAUUGAUGUACGUACUAAAGAAGAAUUAGCUACCACAGGAGUUUUACCAAAUAGUUAUAAUAUUCCACUUGAUGAGUUAAAUACUGCUUUUGAAUCUACACCUGAAAAAUUCUUAGAAAAGUACAAUAUUCCUAAACCAGAUAAAGAUCAAAAAAUUGUUUUUUCUUGCGCAAAAGGAAUAAGAAGCUUAAAAGCAUGCCGUUAUGUUGCAGACUUGGGUUAUAAAAAUCUUUUCAAUUAUACCGAAGGAUGGUUUGGAUGGGAGUCACACAAAUGAAGAAUGUAUACCAUUUAUAUUUUAAUGGGUCAGUGCAUCAGUGUAUGUUUUAAUAGCAAGUGGACUGUUAUUGUAAUACAAUUAUAUUUUUCAUCUAUAAUGAAAUAAUAAUAUUUAAUGUAAUAUAAACCUAAAUAAUUGUAUAGCAAUUUA